CCAGACAAAGAUUACUUUGUGUCAAUUGAGUCAGAAAUAAGAGGGUUGCCCUCUCUAGUUCCUGGGUCGUAUUGUAUAGCAAUACAAAGACUCAAGGAGGGGAAUCUGGUCGACUAAGUUGAAUUUUCAUUUCAGCCACCAAACGGUUAAAACAAGACGGCAUAAAUUAAACAACUCCUGUCAAGCUUAUAAAUAGCGGUCUGUUUCGCGAUGUGGCGACUGUUCUGAAAGGAAAUCAGAUCAACUUAUAACUUCGAAGAGAUUUUGAUUUGCGAUGUCCUUCGUGGAUCUACAGUGAAUAAAGCGUCCGCUUUUUACAUUUUUCCUGUGGCCUUUUCUGGUCGAACUAUCUACAGCACAUUGUUACAUCUAGCACUGUCAAAAUGGACUUCGAAUUUCAGGAAAGAACCCGUGAAAACUCUUACCUGUACGAAACCAUCUUCUACUAUGUUCCCCACCUUUCUAUAUAUUUUGAAUUAAUUUUGCUUGUGAUGGUAUUAUGGAUUAUGUUCAAAAAAUCGACACCUAUUGAUGAAUCAUGGCCGUCUAAGGAGGAAGAAGAAAUAAUUGAAAAAUACACUCCGAGGCUACUAGUCGAAGACAUUGAUACAAAACACAGACUACUUAAUCGUCCAGUUCUAACAUUGCAGGAAGGAAAAUAUAUCACAAUAGAUAACCAGAUUUGUUUAAAUAUGGCUACUCAAAAUUUUCUCGGAUUCGCUAAAGAUAAACAUAUCGAAAAGGAAACAAUUCAAUCGAUAGAAAAGUACGGUGUAGGCUCUUGUGGUCCAAGAGGCUUUUAUGGAACAGUUGAUGUUCAUCUUGAAUUAGAAGAAAAGUUAGCCAAGUUUUUAGAUUCAGAAGAGGUAGUUGUAUAUUCAUAUGGGUUUUCUACCAUCGCUAGUGCCAUUCCUGCCUACUCAAAAAAGAACGAUAUAAUCUUUGUGGAUGAAUGUGCCAACUACCCUAUUCAAAAAGGGCUUGAUGCAUCCCGAAGUACAAUCCACUACUUUAAACAUAAUGAUAUGGAGGAUUUAGAAAGGCUUCUUAAACAAGAAGAGGAAAAAACGCAGAAGAAGAAGAAACCGUCACGGGCAAGGAAGUUCUUAGUCGUUGAAGGUAUCUACCAGAAAACUGGAUUUAUGUGCCCAUUAGACAAGUUGGUGGAAUUACGGAAGAAAUAUAAAUUAAGAUUAUUUCUUGAUGAAAGUAUUUCAAUUGGUACAAUUGGUAGCACAGGAAGAGGAUUACGGGAACAUUUUGGAAUUAAGGCUUCAGAAAUAGAUUUGAUUAUUGGCAGCCUAGAAAAUUCAUUGGGGUCUGUUGGUGGAUUCUGUGUUGGUACUUCAUUUAUUGUGGAACACCAGCGUCUUUCAGGCUUAGGCUAUUGUUUUUCUGCAUCCCUACCACCAUUAUUGACUACCGCUGCUAUUGAAGCACUACAAAUCCUAAAAGAAAAACCACACUUAGUGACCAGCCUUCAAGAAAAAUGUAAACUGUGCAAUGAACUUUUGCACGAUUGUGAAAACAUAAAGAAACAUUUUAAAAUUAAUGGCUCCAGUUUGAGCCCCGUUAAAAUAUUGGAGCUGAAAGACAAAAAAAACAAAGAAAAGUUAGAUGAAAUUGUCCAGAAUUGCCUUACACUUGGAGUAGCGUUUGCAAUACCGUCUUACCUUCCAAAUGAUACAUAUCAACCACCAGCGAUUAAAGUAGUCGUAAAUAGACUUCAUACAGAAGCGGACUUAAAGGCUGGGAUCAGCACAUUGGAUUCUUCUGUACGCUUGAUGCUCAGUCCAGAUAUGCUCACUGCAGAAUAAUUGGAUAGUUUUUUUACAUGUGUUAUACUGCACUUCUAUUGCUGACUUCUGCAGUAUUUUUAAAAAAAUCAUUUUAAUAAUUUAAGCAAAUAAAAUUGUAUAUAUGAUUUAA